GAUCUGCAUCCUGAAGCCAUGGACCAGGGGGCCAUGGUGACCUGAGACCAAUGGACUCUGUCCAGUUGCCCCUUAUUGCCCCUUCUAACUCCCCUACCCUAAAAUAAGGGGACUUGACUCCAACUUUUCAGGGAACUGACCCUGAGGAAAUCCUUUUCCCUCGUUUUUCUAUCCUUCUACCCUCCUGAGAGAGCCCCAGCCUAUAGAACUCCUACCUCCCAUCCCCUGAGGUAGUCCCCAUCCCUGCUUCCCCUUCCCUGCCUCCCCUUCCCCGCCAUGCUCAAGCUGUGGAAGGUGGUACGCCCAGCUCGGCAGCUGGAACUGCACCGCCUCAUACUGCUGCUGAUUGCUUUCAGUCUGGGCUCCAUGGGCUUCCUGGCUUACUACGUGUCCACCAGCCCCAAGGCCAAGGAACCCUUGCCCCUGCCCUUGGGAGACUGCAGCAGUGGUGGGGCAGCUGGCCCUGGCCCUGUACGUCCUCCAGUCCCACCACGGCCCCCCAGGCCACCAGAGACAGUGCGAACUGAACCUGUGGUCCUUGUGUUUGUGGAGAGUGCAUACUCACAGCUGGGGCAGGAGAUUGUGGCCAUCUUGGAGUCUAGUCGUUUUCGUUACAGCACUGAGCUAGCACCUGGCCGAGGGGACAUGCCCACACUGACCGAUCAUACCCAUGGCCGCUAUGUCUUGGUCAUUUAUGAAAACCUGCUCAAGUAUGUCAACCUGGAUGCCUGGAGUCGGGAACUGCUAGACCGGUACUGUGUGGAGUAUGGUGUGGGCAUCAUUGGCUUUUUCCGAGCCCAUGAACAUAGCCUACUGAGUGCCCAGCUCAAGGGCUUUCCCCUCUUCCUACACUCAAAUCUGGGGCUCCGGGACUACCAAGUGAAUCCUUCUGCCCCCCUACUGCAUCUCACACGCCCCAGCCGCCUGGAACCUGGGCCACUGCCGGGUGAUGACUGGACCAUCUUCCAAUCCAAUCAUAGCACAUAUGAACCAGUGCUUCUUGCCAGCCUUCGGCCAGCUGAGCCCCCUAUGCCAGCACCAGUGCCUCGCCGGACCCGGCUUCCCACUGUCAUACAGGACCUGGGGCUUCAUGAUGGCAUCCAGCGGGUGCUCUUUGGCCAUGGCCUUUCCUUCUGGCUCCACAAACUUGUUUUUGUUGAUGCUGUUGCGUACCUCACCGGCAAGCGCCUCUGCCUCGACCUUGACCGCUACAUCUUGGUAGACAUCGAUGACAUCUUUGUGGGCAAGGAAGGUACCCGCAUGAAGGUGACUGAUGUUGAGGCUCUGUUGACCACCCAGAACAAACUCAGGACCUUAGUGCCCAACUUCACCUUCAACUUGGGCUUCUCGGGCAAGUUCUAUCAUACUGGGACAGAGGAGGAGGAUGCGGGGGACGACAUGCUGCUGAAGCACCGCAGAGAGUUCUGGUGGUUCCCCCACAUGUGGAGCCACAUGCAGCCACACCUGUUCCACAACCGCUCCGUGCUGGCUGACCAGAUGAGGCUCAACAAACAGUUUGCUCUGGAGCAUGGGAUUCCCACGGAUCUGGGGUAUGCUGUGGCCCCCCACCACUCGGGUGUAUACCCCAUCCACACGCAGCUCUAUGAGGCCUGGAAGUCUGUGUGGGGCAUCCAGGUGACCAGCACUGAGGAGUAUCCCCAUCUCCGCCCUGCCCGCUACCGCCGUGGCUUCAUUCACAAUGGCAUUAUGGUACUGCCACGGCAGACGUGUGGCCUCUUCACUCACACAAUCUUCUAUAAUGAAUAUCCUGGAGGCUCUCGUGAACUAGACCGGAGCAUCCGAGGUGGAGAGCUCUUUCUGACAGUGCUGCUAAAUCCGAUCAGCAUUUUUAUGACCCAUCUGUCCAAUUAUGGAAAUGAUCGGCUGGGCCUGUAUACCUUUGAGAGCCUGGUGCGCUUCCUCCAGUGCUGGACACGGCUGCGCCUACAGACCCUUCCUCCCGUCCCUCUUGCACAAAAGUACUUUGAACUGUUCCCUCAAGAGCGGAGCCCUCUUUGGCAGAAUCCCUGUGAUGACAAGAGGCACAAAGAUAUCUGGUCCAAGGAGAAAACCUGUGAUCGGCUCCCCAAGUUCCUGAUUGUGGGACCCCAGAAGACAGGGACCACAGCUAUUCACUUCUUCCUGAGCCUGCACCCAGCUGUAACUAGCAGCUUCCCUAGCCCCAGCACCUUUGAGGAGAUUCAGUUCUUCAACGGCCCUAAUUACCACAAGGGCAUUGAUUGGUACAUGGACUUCUUCCCUGUCCCUUCCAAUGCCAGCACUGACUUUCUGUUUGAAAAAAGUGCCACCUACUUUGACUCAGAGGUUGUACCACGUCGGGGGGCUGCCCUCUUGCCACGAGCCAAGAUCAUAACUGUGCUCACCAACCCUGCUGACAGGGCCUACUCCUGGUAUCAGCACCAGCGAGCCCAUGGAGACCCAGUUGCUCUGAAUUAUACCUUCUACCAGGUGAUUUCAGCCUCCUCUCAGGCCCCUCUGGCACUUCGUUCCCUGCAGAACCGCUGUCUUGUCCCUGGCUACUAUUCCACCCAUCUGCAGCGCUGGCUGACUUACUACCCUUCUGGACAGUUGCUGAUUGUGGAUGGGCAAGAGCUGCGUACCAACCCAGCUGCCUCAAUGGAGAGCAUCCAGAAGUUCCUGGGUAUCACACCCUUUCUGAACUACACACGGACCCUCAGUGGCCUCUUCCUGUUGAGCAGGUUUGAUGAAGAGAAGGGAUUCUGGUGCCAGGGACUUGAAGGUGGUAAGACUCGCUGUCUAGGCAAGAGCAAAGGACGAAGGUAUCCAGAUAUGGACACUGAGUCCCGCCUUUUUCUUACGGAUUUUUUCCGGAACCACAAUUUGGAUCUGUCGAAGCUGCUAAGCCGGCUUGGACAGCCAGUGCCCUCAUGGCUUCGGGAAGAACUACAACAUUCCAGUCUGGGCUGAUGUCCGGGCCUCCUGUACCAGCAAAAGCCCCCUAGUUCGCUAAAGGGCAAGCCCAGAGCAGGGCCCACAAGGGGGAUAAGAGUGGCCCAGCCCCUGCCCCUUCUACCUCAGUGGCCCCCAGGCCUGGGAUGGCUGAGAAGGGAAGGGCAGUCCUUUCCUAUAGCUCUGGGGUCUUAUAAAGGGGCUUUCCUUGAUACCCUACAUCACGGUACUAGGCACCUUUGACCCAUGUUCUUGGAAGAUGGGCAGGAAUGAAAGGGUCCAGGCAGGGUGUAGAGGAACAUAAUCCAAUGAUUUCCCUCUUCAUCCUCAGCAGUAUAUCUAUACCUGACUAUGGGAGGGACCCCCUACUGUGGGAUCAGUGGGAUCUACCUGUGGCCCGGCCUCCCUAAUGUCAUUCACAUUGAAUGGGGAUGAGGCUGGACAGUGGCUCAUAGAGCUAAGUAUGAGCCCUAGCUGUGGGCUAGAAAUGUCCUUAAUAAACAUCCUUAUUUUUCUGUUUUG